AUGAAAGGAAAGAACCCCCUCGAAAUUUCAAUUGUCAAGAAAGUCCCUAUAAAUAUUGGCACAUGCUUAAUCAACAAUGCAAGCACAAAAAUUUCCAACAAAGUGAUCCAACUUGGCUUCUUAUUUACUUCAUUUCACUUAGCUAUCCAAAAACAAAUGGCACUAAUUCCUAAAAUGCUCGACGAUAUUUUCCGACCCCUUAGCCUAAUUGACUCAACUCAUGAUGAAACCUCUAAGUAUGCCAAUCCACGUGUCGAUUGGAGAGAAACUCAAGAAGCUCAUGUGUUCAAAGCUGAUCUUCCAGGAUUAAAAAAAGAGGAAGUUAAAGUUGAAGUUGAGGAAGGAAGGGUCUUGCAAAUAAGUGGUGAGAUUAGGGGUGCUGAUAAAGAAGAUCAAAAGAAGGAGAAUGAGACGUGGAGACGUGUUGAGAGGCCACGUGGCAAGUUUUGCCGAAGGUUUUGGCUACCUGAAAAUGCUAAGCUUGAUGAGGUGAAGGCUUGUAUGGAGAAUGGGGUUCUUACUGUUACUAUUCCUAAACAGGAGAUUAAGAAACCUGAGGUCAAAACCAUUGAGAUUAGUGGCUAAUUAAUGCUGUAUUUAUCUUUUUAGUACUUAAUACUAAUUGUGAGUGAGCUUUGUGUGGCAUUUUCUUAUUUUCUUGAUUAUGGUGUGAGAUAUAUGAGUAUUUGGUCAUGUUGUAAGUUUUUGUAAUUUGUAACAAUAAUAAAAUUUGUUUGUUUGUAAAA